GGAAUCGAUAAUGCAGCAAACACUGGCUGCGUCCUGCUGACCGCCGGAGUUGUCAAAGUCUGGUUUGACAGCUCAAGAAAACCAUUUUGAUCGAUCUGUCAAAAAUUUUCACAAGUAUGGCGACGACUCAACCCGCGUGAUCGUAAAAGUUUAUGCGCGUAGCUGUUUUUUCUAUCUUUUUCUUUUUAAUUCGCACAAGCUGGAUAAACAUUUCGCAGGCCCUCUAGACAACACGCCCGAGCCGAACAAUCGACGAAGAACCUCCCCCGGACGCAGAAAAGUGUUAAAACUGAUCAGCAGGCUCUCUCGGAACACGUCCGAGUUGACCACGCCUCCAAGAACCUCGGCCGGACGAAAACAAAGUGCAAAAGCUGUCCAGCAGGCCCUCGUGGCAUCUCGCCGGAGUUGGCCAUUCCCUGGCGAACCUCCACCGGACAAAACAAGUGUCCCGCAGGUCCUCUCUGAACACGCCCGCGUUGACCACUCCUCGACGAACCAGAACCGGACAAAAAAGUGUAAAAGCUGAUCCGCAGGCCCUCUCGGAACACGCCCGAGUUGACCACUCCUCGAAGAACCUCGGCCGGACGAAACAAGUGAUAAAGCUGUCCCGCAGGCUCUCCCAGGCGAAGCUCGACCUGAAGUUUAUUUAAAUUAUUUGCGAAAAUGCCCCGAAAAUGUGCUGUUAUAAAAUGUGGAGCAAUGGAAAGAAAAACCGACACUGGAUUUUACAAAAUUCCUAAGGGGGACCUUGCCAGAGAAGUUCUAAGGCGAAAAUUGUGGAUUAGUGCGGUCAAUCUGAAAGUAGAACACAAAGAGGACUUUGUUUGUGGCCAACAUUUCCAUUCAGGUAAAAAAUAUAAUAAAUCUAAUUGGAUAUAUUAACCAAUAUUUAUUUUAAAAACAGGAAAGCCUGCUCCUCCUAACGAUAUAUCAAAUAUCGAUUGGGUUCCUUCAAUAAAUCUAAAUCCUGUGGAUACUUCUCUAGAUUCUUCUCCAGGUAACACAUAAAAAUGAUAAUUAAUUUAAGAUUCAUUAAAUCGGUCAACCUUUUAAUUUUAGAUUGGGCCUCGGACAAGUGCGAUGAAGAGUGGCUCGAAGAGCACACUUCACAAGAUGCUCCUCAAAAUGUGCCCGACUCGGAAUACCUUUUCUAUGAUGAUGGACCUAAUGAAGACACCAACAACAAUAAUAUUACGAACCCUUCCGAGCUUGAUCAAACAAACAUCAGUUUGAUCCACGAUGAACAGCUAGAUGAUGUUUAUCCGGAGGACAUGCAUGGAGAAUUUGACGAAGCUGUUCCGGAGGACAUGAACGUUGACGACCAAGAAAACGAGGAAAACAUUUCCAGGGAAAAUGUCUUGGGGUUACUCCGACAGAUACAACAGUACAAGGAAGAACUUGAGAAAAAAGACGCUGAAAUUUGCUCGCUGAAGAAAACGGUAGAGAAGCAGAACAAAAUUCUAGAGUGCUUUCGGUGGGAUCUUCAUUCAUUUCAAGAUAACGACCGCAAGGUUACACAUUUGACAGGAUUACCGAGUUAUAUUACCUUAGCAGCAGUGGUUGAUUUUGUAAGGCCAGGAAUUAUGGUGUUUUCUGAUGUUUUGAGCAAGGAGCAAGUUAUAAUUAUGGUACUUAUGUACAUUAGGCUAGGUCUAUGCUUUAGUACAUUGUCAGUUUUGUUUCGGGUCUGUACUGCCACGGUAACCCGCUACUUCUAUUCCGGUUUAUACUCUAUGUACAUGCAACUUAAAGGUUUAGUUAAGUGGCCUUCGCCUGAUCUGAUAGCAUCGAACACCCCCGCUAAGUUUCAUAAACUUUAUAAUGCACCCAUAGCUGUUAUACUCGACUGUUUUGAGGUGUUUACCGAGAAACCAGGAGUUAAAGAUGCAAUUGUAAAGAUGUACAGUACGUACAAACAUCAUCACACAGUUAAGGAGCUGAUAGGGAUAACAUCUUUUGGGUCCAUUUCUUUUAUUUCAAAACCCUACUCAGGUAGAACAUCUGAUAAGUAUUUAACUGAAACCUGUGGUUUUUUGGAAAACCUACACAAGGACGACAUUGUUUUAGCUGAUAGGGGCUUCACCAUAAGGAAGGCUGUUCAGGACAAAGGAGCUAUUCUCAAGGUACCCGACUCAUCAAGUAAGAAAAAGCAACUUAGCUCGACAGCAAUCGAAAGAACUCGUGCUCUAGCAUCCAUUCGAAAUGAAGUAGAACGUAGCAUAGGAUCAUUACGACAAAAAUCUGGGAUUUUAAGCACACGUCUUCCAAUCACAUUGUUAAACCACGAGCACAACGGAGUUAAUGUUUUGCACAUGAUUGUCACUCUUGCUUGUGCACUUUUUAACCUGUGUCCGUCAAUAAUUUCAUCAACCUAAAUGUCAGCUAGAUGUUAGAAACGGAAAUAAUAAAACAAAAGUCUUUACUUUACCUCAUAAACAAAUAUCUUUGCUACAUUCCAAAAGCAUUUUUGAAUUAGCAAUUCAGCUUAAAACACAAAAGUUAGGUUUAUAACGGGAUAUGUUUUAAUAUCGGAGUACAAAGUUUAGUCAAAAUGAUCAGGCAAAUUUGGUCCAUUUAAAUUGUUUUGCUUGAAUUAUUAUGCGCAAAUCUUUAUCUUAAACGUGUUACUCAAAAAUAAGUACAACAGCGUGAGUACUCAAUUAUGACUCAUAUACCCUAACAGUGUAAAUCACAUGAGCCGUGACUUUGGUGCCAGCUGAGUUUUUAUUUUGAACGCACUUGUCAACAAAAAAAAAGUUUUUUAAUCUAUCUUGUAUGGAAAUCAGUUUUAAUUAGAUGAGCCUUGAAGUUAAGUGUACUCGAAUAUUUUUUGUAAAUAUUGAGCAAUAACCAUAACAAAGUUUGUAUACCCACGUUAGAUGCUUUCUUAGAUUGUACAAGACGACCUUUAUUUCAACGAUGUCCUUAUCCAGAUCAGUCUCUUCGGACGAAUUCGAGUGAGCGUGGUUUACAGUAUUGCGAUAGAGGUCCAGUUGGG